UCGAACUUCUCUAAUUUUUUCGUUUAUUGUUAUGAAGUGAACUGCAAAUAGUUCGUUGGGAAAUUUAAAAAGUUCGCAAGUUACUACUACGCAAAUUACAGGUAUUGAUUCGCGGUGAAGCUUUUGAAGGUUUUAAUGCAAACCUGUUCCAUCGUCAACCAGCCUCUGCAGACUGCAACCUUAUUCCAGAAAUGGUUCGCCAGAAAUUUCGCGCAUAGGCUGCGAAGCCCAGACAACAAUUUUAUGUCCUUUCCCGGGUGUCUGGCGAAAGAAUUAUGGCUCACCAUUUUUGACGCUUGCGCAGGGCUUCGGUAAUCUGGCUCGCAUCGCAUUCUUUGCAUAACGUUAGUUUCCAUUUGGAUAUCGUGAGUCCUUGAUGCGACGUGAUUUUUAUUGAUGCGCCAUUAUCUCCGGAAACGACAGGCUCACUGAUCGGGUCUGUUCAAGGAAAAAUGUCGUGCGGGAUCGUUCGAUUUCUGCACCCUCCCACAGCAGUUCACAACGCAGUCUACUGCAACUUUUUCAACAAACGGGAAAAAUCUCUGGUUGUAGCUGGACUGAACUUCAUUCAGGUUUAUCGCGUCAACGUUAUUCCCACGCAGCAAUUAUCGGACAGCUCCGAUUCAGCGCCGAAAGCGUUGUUCGACGACGACGACGAAGAUGAUCUGUACACUGUCCGGAAACCAGUGUUAUCUGCCGUGACUGCUAACUUCUCUCCGGAAAAUGUCCGGUUGGAAUGUCUGGCCACGUUCGAAGUCUUCGGCACCGUCACCGAUUUGAAAGCGUCGGCACUCCCGCAUUCCAACCGUGAUCUUCUCUUAUUAGCUUUCGCCGAUGCCAAAUUGUCGGCCGUUCAGUACGAUCCUAUAAUCAACGAUCUACGCUCCAUUUCGCUGCAUGACUAUGAAGCGGCGCGCUUCAGUGACGAGAUGCCGACGAAUCUCGGCCCUGCCGAGCCCAUUGUGCGCGUCGAUCCGGACAAUCGGUGUGCCGUUAUGCGUCUGUACCGCACCCAAUUGCUGGUCAUUCCCUUCGUGCACCCACCCAAUCGAACCGAUAACGCACUGAACGGACCCAAGCCCGUGUCGCAGUUUCGCUCGUUUGCCUUGUCGUUGAAGAAGAUCAAGGACGAUCCCAACGAGUUUAUCCAAGAUUUUCAGCUGCUACCGGGAUAUUUGGAGCCGACGGUGGCUGUUCUGUGCCAUCGAGUGUUAUCUUGGCCAGGGAGAGUGGCCAUCAAUAGCGACACUUGCUACGUGGCAGCGUUGUCUCUCAAUACUCGUGAAAGAGCUUUCCAUCUUAUUUGGAAUUGUGUGGGACUGCCGUAUGAUAGCAAGUACAUGUUAAGCGUUCCACGGCCGAUUGGCGGACUUUUGGUCGUAUCUACAAGCGCCAUGAUUUACGUUAAUCAAGGCGUACCAGCGAUGGGCAUUUCCUUGAAUAGUACUACAGCAGGGAGUACUCGAUUCCCUUUACGACCGGAAGCGGCCGUUGUUGCCACAUUGGAUGGCUCCAGUUGCGCGUUUUUCGAGUCGGAGCGGCUCUUGUUGACUCUUCGGAAUGGCAAUGGCUUUGUUGUGACUAUUAUUUACGAUCAUGCCAUGCGUACAGUUAGAGAAUUCCACUGGCAGCAAGUACUAAAUAAUCGCUACGCUUCCUGUAUUACGCCGCUGGAAGGCGGCUACAUUUUUGUGGGUGGUCGAUUGUCGGAUUCCGUUCUCUAUAUGCUAACAUCCAGCGAAUGGAUUGAAGCGGAAGCCGCUCUGGUUGAAGAUGAUGGUAACGAUGAUUUUGCCGCCAGGCGAGCAGGACCACGAAAAACGCUGCUGACGAUAACAGACGACGAGGAUAUAUACGGACCCAACGCUUUUGUUAGUGUCGUCACGCCUUUGAAAAAAUAUCAUUUCACAGCGUGCGAUGAGCUGAUCAGUUUGGGACCGUGCCGUACAUCAGCCGUUGGAGAACCGCUGAAUAGCGCCGAGGAUUUUGUUCGAAGUUCCGAUAAGGAUGCUGACUUGGUAACGUGUUCGGGAUACGAAAAUGAGUCCCAUGUGGUCGCCAUGCAUAAGUCGAUUCGGCCAGAUGUUUUGGCAUCGUUCGACAUUCAGGAUGUGCAAGAUUUGUGGACUCUCCAGGACGAUAGCAGUAAUGACCACAGUCUCGUUGUAAUUAGCACUUCGGACAAGACGUCAGUUUUUCACAGCGUUGACGAGAUUGUCGAAGCGGAAGAGCAUCCUUUCCAAGGCGAUGAACCAACGAUUUUUUGCUGUCAGCUCCAUAAUGGCCGUAUAUCUGUUCAAGUUACGCGAACCUAUGCUCGCGUUGUGACCUUGACCGGAUGUGAAACGGUUGAUUUUACACUGGAAGGAAACGAUGAAGUGAAAUUCGCCACAGCAUUAAAUGAGCGCUUUGUCUUUGUAACCACCGGCGGUAUGUUGAUGUUAUAUGAAUGGGACAGUACCCUCGGAAUCAUUACGGAAGUCAACACAAGCGCCCUCAAUUUGCCGGAGAACGGCAUUUUGGCGGCUUCCUUGUAUGUGGACUACAGUGGGUUGUUCACCACGACAGUUCCUUCCAAUGUCGGUACGAUCGAGAUGGUGAUCGAGCCCGACGUUUUGGAUACGACCGUCAAAGCCGAACCGCAGCCAGAAGACGAAGAUAAAUUAUUAUAUGAGACCCGUGGCUCGCAGGUCGAUCAGGGAAAGGAGAAAUUUGGUUUGUCACCAGAAGAAUUUCGUAGUAGUCUGAUGGAGCUGCGCACAAGGAACUUGCCAUUUGGGCCAACUGAUUGGUUAUUAUUGGUGCGGCGUGAUCAUACUUUGACCAUCUACAGUCUGCCUGAUCUGAUUUUGAUGUUUGAAACCUAUCCGAUGAUCCAUGCUCCGCGAGUUAUCCACGAUGUGUGUGCUCUAGAGCAGCCAUCGGCACCACCGAAUGCCAUCGCUUCGGCUUGUCAGGAUCAGAAACUGAAGGAAGUUUUGUUGGUCGGCCUCGGGAUACGACAUAGUCAGCCGUAUUUUUUUAUGGUCGUCAGCGAAACUGUUCACAUGUACCAUGUCGUACCAUUCUACUAUGGUCAGAACGAACGGCGAUUAAGGAUUUCCUUUUCACGGGUCAAACAUGACAUGUUGACAAAUGAGCGGAAAUUAAAGCGGCGGUUGCCCAAGGAUCUUCAAGCUGAUGAAAAUCGAUUAGCCAAACGUUUUUUCCGUCCGUUUUAUAAUAUUCAGGGAUAUUCUGGGGUGUUUCUGUGUUUCCCAUAUUCAUACUUCGUGAUGAUCGGUGAUCGCAACAUUCCGCGAUUGCAUCCCAUGGUAGUGGAUGGUCCCGUGAAAGCUUUUGCUGAAUUUCGUAAUGCCAACUGUACAGCGGGAUUUGUAUAUUACAACUCAAGGAAACAAAUCCAGGUGGCGGAACUGGAAGCCAUUUGGAAUUAUGAUCACAACUGGCCGACUAGACGAAUCAAAGUCCCGGGAACGGUGCACUAUCUGUCUUACCAUAUGGAUAGUAAGACGUAUGUCGCUUGCUGCGCUGUACUGUCACCAGAUAAACGAAUUAUCCAUGGCAGUGUCGACCAGGUAGGCACAGAGGUAGCCGAACGAGACCCACGGUUUGUGUGUACCUUCCUUCCAAAAUUCUCCAUACACCUGGUUAUGUCGGAUGAAUGGCAGCUGGUUCCGGAUGCUACAUACGCUCUCCAGGAUUUCGAGUUUGCCACCGCUAUGAAAGUCUUACCCCUGCGAAACGGUACCGAGACAGGAAUGCGAGAAUAUGUAGUUAUUGGCACGAAUUUUGCAUAUGGUGAAGACGUACAGAGUCGCGGGAGAAUCAUUCUCCUGGACAUUCUAGACGUUGUGGCUGAACCGGAUCAGCCUUUGUCGCGUGUGAAACAGAAAGCGAUUUACGAGGAGGAACAGAAGGGACCGGUUACGGCGCUGUGCGGAGUUAACGGGUACAUUGUCAGUGCCAUUGGGCAGAAAGUGUUCAUUUGGGGACUGAAAGGCAACAGUUUGGUGGGAGUAGCGUUUUUGGAUGUACAGAUCUACGUCCAUCAGCUGUCGUCGAUUAAGGAUCUCAUCCUGAUGGCAGAUGUGCAACGCUCCGUGAGUAUUUUGCGCUUUCAAGAGAAAUACCGGACGCUGUCCCUGGUUAGCUCGGAUCCCAAUCAGAUGCACACAUAUGCCACAGAAUUCUGCGUGGACAAUCAGAGUUUGACCGUGGCGGUCACCGACAUUCAGCAGGAUCUCCACAUCUUUCAGUUUGAUCCGGAUUAUUAUUUCUCCGCAUUUGGCAACCGACUGGUACGGCGGAUGGAAUGCAAUUUGGGACAAUUCGUGACUAAUAUGUUUCGACUGCGGUGUUCGGCAUUUUAUCCGGAUGCCGGGCGGGUGGCUGCAUUACCGCUGACGAAAAAGCAUUUGACAAUGUUCACCACAUUGGAUGGCGCGGUGGGGUGCUACAUGAACAUUCCGGAGAAGACAUACCGGCGCAUUCUGAUGAUUGAGACGAUUCUCACUAAUCACUGCGUGCAUCGCGCGGGCCUGAGUCCGCGGUUGUACUGGAAUGCCCGGACGAAUCCUGACCAGAGAUUCGAUCUGGUGGGCAAUAUCAAGACCGUAGCUGACGGACGAGUUGGAAGUUUGUAUUUGGAAUUGGAUCAAACGGAAAAAUACGAAGUGGCCAUGAAAAUCGGGUGUUCGGUUGAUACACUGAUUGAAGAGCUGCUGGAUAUUGAGCGGCAGACUGCGGCAUUUUGAAAUUGUUCUUUGUUUCUUAUCGCACUACUAUGUAUGCCUAGUGUUGCAUGGGUGUUCGCAUGUCCUUUGGAAAGGCCCGAUCAAUGGCUCUGAUUUCGAAAGCUCACGUUUUCUCGACUUUGUUUGUGUAGUAUUUCCGAGUUAAUUUAUAUUUAAAUUGUCUCAAUAAAGUGGUAUACUGGAAAACA